AUGAAUGGUUUUGAUGAUUUCCAUUAUUUCUCUAACAGUAAUAAUCGUCGUAUGUAUGAAGGAAGAAUUAAUUUUUCUAUGAUUGAUACAUAUAAUAGAAGACGACUUCUUGAAGCUAUUGUUCAUUACAGUACUAAACGUUUUAAUGAAAGAAUAUGUUAUGAUCCUGCUUUUCCAUCAAAGCUUUUAUUACAUCUUGGAUUAACUGCUGAUCAACUUUUGACAUUUUUUAAUGAAGAAGUUGUUGUGAUGUUUGAAAGAUUUAUUGUUGCUGGAAGAUUGUCUAGAAAAGAAAUACCUUUACCUCCUGAAGCUUUAGGAAUAGUUGAAAAUAAAAAUUUAUGUCUUUUUACAAAUCGGGCUAGAAUAGAAAGUAUUGUUUUUGCUAUUGCUAAGAAUACACUAAUGAAUUCUGAAGCUGAUCUUGUACCAUUACAACAUCUUAAUACAGUUUUUAAAGCUUUAUCAAUAAAAUCAUCUAUUUUAGAAACUAAAUUAGGAAAAGCUGAAAAACAGUAUUGUCAAUUAUAUCAUUCUAUUAAAGAUAAAUAUUCAUUAUUACUUAAGCAAAUGAAUGAUAUACCAUAUAUUAAUAGCAAUGAAAUGGUCGUAAAUAAUAGUAAUAAUAAUAUUCCGCAACAAAAUUUUUUAAAUAUACCACCGGGGCAUGAAUUUAAUAAUAAAUUAAAAUAUCCCGACCAAGAAUCACUUUUUUUACCAACAAUUGCUGAAGAUAAUAUAAAUGGUUUUACCAUGCAUCUUCUUCUUCAAGUAUUUAAAUGGAAACCAUCUAAAGAAAAUUUUAUAGUUGAUAAUAAUGGAAUAAAAAUUGAUUAUCCACCAAUAAUAAAACAUAUAAAAUCUCAAUAUGGAAAUAUUCAUCGAUUCUAUAAUGCUGCUUAUAGUGACGAAGCUGCUGCAAUAAAAUAUAUGUCCCAAAUUGACUUUGAUUGGAACCAUCCAAACAAUGAGAGAUACAUUAGAUCUAAAUUAGCUAUUGUUGAUCAAAGCGCCAUUAUAAAUUAUAUAUGGGCUGCUUCAGCAGUAGCUGGUUUGGCAAAUGUUCAACUAAAGAAAGGAAUAAAAGUGUUUUGGCAAUUUAAAAUUUUUGGAAAAAGAGAUUGUACUUCAAUUAUGUUUGGUAUUGCUUCAGAGAAUUCAUAUAUUUGGAAUUAUGAUGAUAUUACUGAUUUAAUAGGAAUUGAUCAUUUAUCAUGGGGAAUAAAUCAUAAAGGUUAUGCUAUACAUAAUGGUAUUAAAAAAGGAGUAACAAAAUCUUUUCCACGAAAUUGGAUUGGUGAACAUGUUGGAUUAUUAUUUAAUGGAUUUGGUAAAUAUGGAACAUUAACAUAUUUUCUUCGUGGACAAAAUAUGGGAGUAAUAUUUGAUAAUAUACCAUUAAAUACAACUUAUUAUCCGGCAAUUUCAAGUACUGGACAAUUUACCGAAUUUAAGGUAAACAAAUGUUUACAAUCACAUAGUGCUGUUCCCGAAUUAAAAAAAAUAGUGCGUGUUAAGAUUCUUGAUUUUAUUUGCACUCCUGCUAAUAUUGACCGUUUAUCAAUUACUGAACAUGAAAAGUCAAAACUUAAAUAUAUGUGGGAUGAAGAUGAACUGUUACAUGAUUACAUUAGUGGUCAUACACACCAUUAUCCAAAUUUUCGUCAAUAA